AUUUUUAAGAUCGUCCCCAUCAGUCAGCUGGCGAUGAAAAUUUGUUAGUUUUGUCCUCUACCCUCUAUGACCUGAAUUUUCUUCCCCAACAGGCUCUGCAGGCGCAAUAUUUCGGCUCCAAUUCGGGCAGUGAUGCGUGUUGCAGGCCUCAAAAGUGUUUUUUCGUGACCGCUAACGUCAAGCAUGGGGCUGCUGAGCUGGAACCUGCGUCCCAUGACCCGCCGUGCCCUUGGCAUGGUCGGUGUCAUCAUCAAGUACGGCUGCAUUGCACACUGCACCUUCGAAUAUAUCGCCGACAUCGUCGUGUGCUCAGGUUCGUCAAUGGAACCAACGCUGUUCACAAAUAACGUGUUGCUGACUGAACACAUCAGUCCCAGACUGCAGAAGAUCAAGAGAGGAGACAUCAUUGUAGCCAAAUCGCCCACCGAUCCGAGACAAUUCGUCUGCAAAAGAGUCACCGGAAUCGCCGGUGACCGCGUCAAAAGCGGAAUUUUCACAGAAGUGCAGAUUCCUCCUGGUCACGUGUGGUUGGAGGGCGACAACCGAGGAAACUCAACUGAUUCACGGAAUUACGGCCCCGUGCCGGCCGGACUUAUUCGCAGCAGGGCCAUCCUGAGGGUUUGGCCUCCGCAGGACGCGUGUCUUCUCACUAAGUCAGAUUAGAUUUUUGAAUGCCAAUAAAGGAAUUAUUUUUGAGAUGCUCAA